UUGGGAGAGAGCAGAUACGUUGAAUGACGUGUCUGUAGAUUGUGGGAGUAUAACUUAAAUUUUUAAUUAAAUUGAAAAAUUGCAACGCUAUUCGGUAAAAUUUUUGUAUUAUUCAACGAAGAAAAUCCUAUCGAAUGGCUUUCAAAAGGGAUAAAAAGGAGGAAGAGGAUGGAGGGAAUCAGUAUCAGAAUCUGGAGAAGACUAGUGUUCUUCAAGAAGCUAGAACAUUUAACGAUACACCAGUCAAUCCCAGAAAAUGUGCUCACAUUCUCUCUAAAAUAUUGUACAUGAUAAAUCAAGGUGAACAAUUGGGUACUGCUGAAGCUACAGAUACUUUUUUUGCUAUGACUAAAUUAUUUCAAUCUCGUGAUAUAAUAUUAAGAAGAAUGGUUUAUCUUGGAAUCAAAGAAUUGAGUAGUAUAGCAGAAGAUGUCAUAAUUGUUACAUCAAGCUUAACCAAAGAUAUGACUGGUAAAGAAGACACAUACAGAGCUGCUGCAAUAAGAGCUUUAUGUAGCAUAACUGAUGUAUCAAUGUUGCAAACAAUUGAACGUUACAUGAAACAAGCAAUUGUAGAUAAAAAUCCUGGUAUUAGCAGUGCUGCUUUAGUAAGCUGUUUACAUUUAUGUAAAAGUGUAUCUGCUACUGACAUUGUCAAACGAUCCUUGAAUGAAAUACAAGAAGCAUUGAGUUCAGAGAAUGUAAUGGUACAAUAUCAUGCUUUAGGACUUCUUUUUCAUAUUAGGAAAACAGAUCGUCUAGCAGUUUCAAAAUUAGUUGCUAAGCUUACAAAAACUAAUAUGAAAUCACCAUUUGCUGUUUGUAUGCUGAUUAGAAUGGCUUGCAAGUUAUUAGAAGAAGAAACAAUUCCACGUUCAGAAUCACCUCUAUUUGAAUUUGUUGAAUCCUGUAUUCGUCAUAAAUCAGAAACAGUUGUGUAUGAAGCAGCCCAUGCAAUAGUUCAUUUAAGUGGUACUGGAGCUAGACAUUUAGCACCAGCUGUUUCAGUUUUACAAUUAUUCUGCUCAUCUUCUAAACCCACUUUACGUUUUGCUGCUGUUCGAACACUUAAUAAGGUCGCUAUGGAACAUCCAAGUACAGUUACUGCUUGUAACUUAGAUCUUGAAAAUUUAAUAAGUGAUUCUAACAGAUCAGUUGCUACAUUAGCCAUAACAACUCUAUUAAAAACAGGAUCUGAAGCAUCUGUUGAUCGACUUAUGAAACAAAUAGCAACUUUUGUUAAUGAAAUAUCUGAUGAGUUUAAAAUAGUUGUUGUUCAAGCUAUAAGAGCUUUAUGUUCCAAAUUUCCCCGUAAACAUACAGUUUUAAUGAACUUUUUAUCCGGUAUGUUAAGAGAAGAAGGUGGACUAGAUUAUAAAGCUUCUAUUGCUGAUACAAUCAUAGCCAUAAUUGAAGAAAAUCCAGAAGCUAAAGAAACAGGGUUAGCCCAUUUGUGUGAGUUUAUUGAAGAUUGUGAACAUACCAGUUUAACUGUUCGUAUUUUACAUUUAUUAGGCAAAGAAGGACCACAUACAAAACAACCAUCAAGGUAUAUACGUUUUAUAUAUAAUCGAGUAAUAUUAGAAGGAGCAGUUGUAAGAGCAGCAGCUGUAGGAGCAAUGGCAAAGUAUGCUGCUCAAUGUUCAAUGCUUCAUGAUAGCAUUAAAGUACUUUUAAAGAGAUGUUGCCUUGAUGUUGAUGAUGAAGUCAGGGACAGGGCCACAUUUUAUAGCCAGUUAUUGAGUUCUAACAAUCGAAUGUUGAUAACUGACUACUUAUCUGAACCAAAUCAUGUGUCUUUACCAGCUUUGGAGAAAACUUGCCAAGAUUUUAUUAAAAAUCCAUCAAAAGAGCGUAUUAAACUUAAUGAGCUGCCAGUUGAUAUUGUUGUCAAAGCUAGUCCUACAGAAACAUUAAAAAAAAAUGUUGCAAUUAAAACUGUUCAACCAGUUACUGAGCCAGUUGAAGAACGUGUUAAUGUUCAAUCGUUACCUAACUUGAUCAAUCUAAAUGCUGGUAAAUUGUUCCGUUCUUCUGAACCUACAAUGUUGACAGAACCAGAAACAGAAUAUGUAGUUCGAUGUAUUAAACAUGUAUUCAAUCAGCAUUUAAUAUUACAAUUUGAAAUAACUAAUACAUUAGAUGACCAAAUUUUAGAAAAUAUUAGUAUCGAGUUGGAGGUUAGUGAGGGUUUUAGUGUAUUAGAUGAAGUAAAAAUUGCCUCAUUAAAAUAUCAAGAAACUGAAAAUGUUUUUGUUUUUUUGAAUUUCCCAGAAGAACCUGUAGAAUCUAUUGCAAGUUUUACUGCGAAAAUGAAAUUUGUUGUUAAGGAUUGCGAUCCUUUAACUGGAGAAGUUCAGGAUGGUGAUGGAUAUCAAGAAGAUUAUAGGUUAGAAGAUGUAGAAGUUACAUUAAAAGAUCAAAUGUUAAAUGUAAAAGUUGGAAAUUGGGAUUCAUUAUGGGAUGAAGCACAAAAUAUUUGCCAUGAGGUACAAGAAACAUUUGCAUUACCAUUGAAUGAUGGUGGAUUAUCAGAUACCGUUAAUCAAAUUAUCUCAUUUCUUGGAAUGGCAGCUGCCAAUAAUUCAGAUAAUGUAAUUCCUCCUAAUAAAUCAUCCCACACAGUUAAUCUGGCAGGAUUAAUGAGAGGAAACCAUAAAGUUUUGGCUUUGGCAAAAUUAGCUCUUAGUGAUAAUAGUGUUACUAUUCAACUAACUGUACGUUCCAUAGAUGAGAGAAUUGCUGACCUGGUACUAUCUACACUUGAUUAAUUGUUAAUUUAACUUAAUUAUUUUUUAUUAUGUUAUAAAUAAACUUUUAUUUUAAAUUGUAAA